AUGAGAGUUGUGGUGUGGAACUGCCAAGGGGUGGGGAGUCCCUUGACAGUUCCCCAGCUGAGGGAGGUUAAUCACCUCUCCUCUCCAAAUAUUUUUUUCCUAAGUGAAACUAAGAACAGGAAGGCAGUCAUAGAUAGAAUAGCUAGAAGGUUACGGCUAGAUAACAGUGUGACCGUGGAAGCUAUGAAUAGAACAGGGGGGAUGGCCUUACUUUGGACUAAGGAUACACAAAUUGUAGAGGUGGUCACUACUGCUUUUACUAUCGAAGCUAAGAUUGAAGGUAAUGAAUCUCAGGCGGCAUGGUGGUUCAUUGGAGUGUAUGCUAGUUGUGAUAGAGGGAUCAGGAAGGAACAAUGGAGAGUGCUUACGGAUAGAAGCCACCCUUGGACUUGGAGCAAUCACUGGGACAAUGAAGGGGAGAUUCGUCAAAGGCUUGAUAGAGCCUUGGGUAGUAUGGAUUGGUUCCAAGAUUUUGAGAGUGCUAAGUGUCACCACAUUGAGACUCUAGCGUCUGAUCACUCGUUGCUUUUGCUAGACACCAAUCCAGGGAUAGAAAGGAAAAAAAAGAGGUUUUACUUUGACAAGAGGUGGCUCCAAAAAGAGGGGAUCCAGCAAGUAGUGGAGCAAGCCUGGAGUAGGGAGGAACAGGGCUCAAAUUUGUUCAAAGUGACUAGAAAAAUUAGGAAUUGCAGAAUUGAACUCUUGAAGUGGAGAAAUAAUGCCCAGACUAACUCUAGGAGUAAGAUUGACGGUCUUAAGCAGGAUCUUGAGAAGACUAGGAAUGCUGGUUUAGCGAACAAAAAGGAGAAAUGUCAGGAUCUCAAAAGACAGCUGGCUAACGCUUACAAGGAGGAAGAAGCUUUCUGGAGCCAGAAGUCCAGAAUCAACUGGUUGAGAGAAGGGGAUAAAAAUACUAAAUAUUUUCACUCUUUUGUCAAGGGGAGGCGUGUGAGUAAUAGAUUGAACAGGUUACAAAGAGAGGAUGGUUCUUGGACUGUGAAUGAAGAGGAGGUAGUGACUGAACUUUCUGAGUAUUUUAAGGACCUGUUUACGAGUGGUGGGAAGGAUGAGAUGACAGAAAUCUUAGAGGGAAUUCCACACUAUAUUACUCAGGAGAUGAAUGAUAAGUUAUCCAAGGAAGUUAUGGAGGAAGAAAUUCAUGAUGCUUUGUUCUCUAUGAAUCCAGAAAAAGCCCCUGGACAAGAUGGAAUGACUCCUUUGUUUUUUCAGAAAUUCUGGAAUACUAUUAAAAGUGACAUCAUUUUUGCGAUUAAAGCUUUUUUCCACUCAGGCCACAUGCUCAAAUCAGUCAACCACACUGUUAUAUCCCUUAUUCCCAAAACUUUGAACCCAACCAAUCUGAAAAAUUUCAGGCCUAUCAGUCUGUGUAGUGUGCUUUAUAAAAUCAUAUCAAAAAUUCUGGCAAAUAGACUGAAAUCUGUCCUGGAUCUGUGUAUUAGCAAAACUCAAUCUGCUUUCAUCCCAGAAAGACAGAUUCUAGAUAAUGUGAUCAUUGCUCACGAGUACAUGCAUUUUCUUAAAAAUAAAAGACAAGGGAAAGAGGGAUACAUGGCUAUCAAAUUGGACAUGGCAAAGGCUUAUGAUAGGGUGGAGUGGCAAUGCUUGUUGAAAAUGAUGGAAAAGAUGGGUUUUUGCUCUAAAUGGAUUAACUGGAUUCAUAGCUGUUUGAAGACUGUGAGUUACUCUUUCAACUGUAAUGGUGAGGUUAAAGGCUUUGUGACACCAGAAAGAGGGAUAAGGCAGGGGGACCCUCUGUCUCCAUACCUGUUUCUAAUAUGUUCUGAGGGCUUCUCCAAUUUGCUAAGAAGGGCUGAGGAAAGCAAAAGAAUUCAGGGACUCAAAAUCAGCAGACUUGGUCCAGUGUUAACACAUCUGUUCUUUGCGGAUGAUUCUAUAAUAUUUUGUAAGGCUAAUAAGAAUGAGGCUGUGGAAAUUAUGAAGGUGCUAAAUACAUAUGAAAAUGCCUCGGGACAGUUAGUCAAUCUGGACAAGUCAGCAGUGUUUUUUAGCAAAAAUGUGGAUGAUGUGCAGAAGAAGGAGAUAUGCCUGGCAUUAGGAGGAAUGGUAGAGGCUAAGCAAGGCAAAUACCUGGGACUCCCUAUGGUAGUAUCAAGAUCUAAAGAGCAGAUUUUUGGUUUUGUGAGAGAUAAUAUAAGGAGAAGAUGUCAGAAUUGGAAGAACAAACUUUUGAGUCCAGCAGGUAAGGAAGUGUUGCUGAAAGCAGUUGUUAUGGCAAUGCCCACAUACGUGAUGUCUUGUUUUAAGCUGUCCAGACGAUUGUGUAAAGAUAUAUGUGCUUUGAUGGCCAACUUCUGGUGGGGUGAAGCUCAUGGUAAGAACAAAAUGCACUGGCUGUCUUGGGAAAAAUUGGCAAUGGCAAAAAGUGCAGGAGGUUUAGGAUUUAAGGAUAUCGAAGCUUUCAAUCAAGCACUGUUAGGGAAGCAAGUUUGGAGGAUACUUACUAAACCAAAUCUAUUGGUUAGUAAGGUGUUGAAAGCCAGAUAUUCUCCUCAGGAAUCGAUACUACAGUGUAGUCUCCCCAGAAAUGCAUCCUGGAUCUGGCAAGGACUCAUGGGGGCAAGAAAUUUAAUCAAUGCUGGAAUUAUAAGAAGGAUAGGAAAUGGAAGGAGUACAAAUAUAUGGAGCCACAAGUGGAUUCCAGACACUGAUACAGGGAUGCCAACUACUAGUCGAGGGAUUCAUUGUGAGCUGGAAAAAGUGGAGGAGCUUAUUUGUCAGCAUAGGUGGAACAGGAACAUCAUAUUCAGAUCCUUCAAUAGCAAUGAUGCACAAAAAAUUUUAGCUAUUCCUCUGAGUUUAGCUGAUAGGGAAGAUAGCUUUUAUUGGCAACCAAAGGUGGGAGGGAUGUACACUGUCAAUUCUGGUUAUAAGUUUCUGAUGAAGCAACACAGGAUGGGAGGCAGGUGCAGGCAGGAAGGAGCUAGCUCUAGCUAUUCGGCAAGUGAUUCGGAGUUAGCUCAGAUGUGGAAUACACUGUGGAGCUUAAACAUCAAACAUAAAAUCAAAUUCUUCAUCUGGAAAUGCAUUCAAGGUGCUCUGCCUGUGAAAGCAGCAGUAAAUAGACGAACGGGGGAGGGUGAUCCGAUAUGUAAGAUGUGUGGUUUAGCACAGGAGACAGUCGAACAUCUUUUGCUGAAUUGCCCCCACUCGGAAAACAUAUGGAAGGCAUCUCCCAUUCAGUGGGAUGGAGCAAAGGAGCAGCAGGGAGAUUUCAAAAGGUGGUGGUUAAGAAUCUCUGAAGCAAGGCACAGGUCAGAAGGGAUGGAACACAUUGGAUUAACUGCAAACAUCCUGUGGCAGGUGUGGAAGGAAAGAAACAAAAUAGAAUUCGAGAAUGCUAACUUCGAUCCCCCCUUCAAAUCUAUAAGGAAAGCUCAUUUGGAAUGGUUAGAGCAGCAGCAGAUAGAGUACAAAGAAAAAGAAGAGAGCACGUUUGAAACAGUCCCUAGGCAAGAUGUUCAGCAUCAGAAUUAUGUAAAUGAAGGAGAAGUGCUAAUGGAGGUGAAUACAACCACGAAGCAAGGGCAGUUGUUUGUGGGAAUUGGAGUCACAGUUCAGUUUUUUGCAAGGAACACGAUGAUAGGGUGGGCACUGAAAGACAUUAGUUCUGGAAACAAAAUCCUAGAUGAAGCGUUGGCACUGAAGCUGGUGUUGUGUAAAGCUGUACAACGCAAGUGGAGCAAUCUUAAGCUGAGAUUUUGUAACAAAGAACUGUGGAGACAAUUAAAAUAUCAGAGCCCAGCAAACAGCAAAAUGGCAACAGUACUUGAAGACAUCUCUCAGUUACAGAGAUUGUUUUGCAUGUGCUCUUUUGUUUUGGAUAGGGAAGAAAAUAUGACAGUCAGUAAAACAUUGAGUGUUGAUGCGUUAAGCAUUAUUGUGGAUGAGGAGCGACAGCUUCCUCAGUGUCUUUGA